UCUGCUCAGGUACCAAAGCUAAGCUUAGUGGGACGACUGCCUCCCUCCAAUGUGGCGGUGGCACUGGAUCUUUCUUCUCCCACAAUUGGGUCAUUCAAUCUGUGGCCUCAGUUCCACAACGGAGUUGCCACUGGCCUUCGGCUGCAACCUGGGAGUCUGGAAACGAAACACCGAUCCACAUGCGUAACGCGAACAUGGAUAGUUUACAAUAGACCAGAAGUGCCUUCGCCUCAGCAUGGGGGCUUGUUGCUCGCUCUUGGCCUGCAAAAUCAUCUAGUUGUUUUGGCUAUGACAGACAUUUAUGAAUAUCUGACCCUUGGACAUGAUCCAACAACAGUUGGGCUGCUUCUCGGCAUGGCUGCUGCAAAGCGCGGGACCGCCGACGCUUCAGUAUCAAAGAUGCUCUGUCUUCACAUUCCGGCUUUACUACCCCAGCCGUUCGCUGAGAUGGAGGUAUCAGCGGCUGCUCAAACGGCCGCUAUGGCAGGCAUUGGGCUGCUCUACUGUGGCACGGCACAUCGGCUCAUGGCAGAGUUUCUCCUCGGAGAAAUCUUGCGUCGUGCACAGGGUGAUCGGACACGCGAUCGCGAAGCAUACACGCUCGCUGCUGGUUUAGCACUUGGAAUGGUCACCCUCGGCAAAGGUGCUAGUCAUGACGCCGAUGGUUUGAGUGACCUCAGGAUUCCUCAGCGCUUGCAUCGUGCUUUUGCCGGUGGCUCCGAGCGUCAGAAAGCUGGUGAACUCUCAUCACUUCUCAGUGGUGCCAGGGAAAUGCGCAAAAGCGCUGCAAGUGACCAGAUACGCUGCUCGCGGAUCCGCGAGGGUGAGCACAUUAAUACAGAUGUCACAGCACCAGGUGCCAUACUCGCGUUGGGUCUCUACUUCCUCAGGACAAACUCUGCGGCUGCAGCUGCGCGACUGCAGCUUCCGGAUACAUACGUUCUCCUAGAUACGGUACGCCCUGAUCUCCAACUGCUUCGUGUUAUUGCGCGCGGUGUUAUCUUGUGGGACGCCAUGAACCCGAGCAUUGAUUGGGUCGAAUCACAACUUCCUCUCAUAAUAGCUUCGCCAGCUUUCAGUGCAUAA